GUUACCUCGGGUUUGACGUCAAACCCAGCUCUGAGUUCUCACUUCCGAGAUUACCGGAACGCACCAUUACUACUUCCUCUGCAUGUCAAUGGUCUGGAAAGGCCUGCCAACGAGCCGUCAUUUGAUGUAGAAGCUGAAUAUCCAAGGACCUGUACAAGUGUCUCAGCACCGAGUUAAGCCCCACUGCAAGCGUGCAGCUCCUUGUUGAAUCCAUCGGGAUCACCGGGAUGCCUGUACUGCUUGAAGCCUUCUACUCUACACCAAGCCUCUUCCGAGCCUCUGAAAUGUCCUGCGGGUCAGACGGAUGCUGGGCCGGAUCAAUCAGGAAAAGUAAUCUGGGACGCCUCGUGCACGCAAGCAGACACGCACACAUCACAGGAAAUGAAGCUGGAGUGGAAGAUGCCUUAGUCGGGAAUGUCAACAAGCUGACAGUAAGCCCACCUGGCUACACAGGACCGCUACGGAAAGGACAUCUGAUUUUUGAUGCUUGCUUUGAGAGUGGAAAUCUGGGGCGUGUAGACUACAUUGGUGAUUUUGAGUUUGACCUCUUCAUUCGACCUGACACCUGCAACCCACGCUUCAGAGUCUGGUUCAACUUCACUGUGGAAAAUGUCCGGGAGACACAGCGGGUGAUUUUCAACGUGGUUAACUUCUCAAAGACCAAGAGUCUCUACAGAGAUGGCAUGUCCCCUGUAGUCAAGUCUACCAGUAGGCCAAAAUGGCAGAGGCUUCCACCAAAAAACGUCUACUACUACCGUUGCCCUGACCACAGACGCAACUAUGUAAUGUCAUUUGCCUUUUGCUUCGACCGAGAAGACGACAUCUACCAGUUUGCAUACUGCUACCCCUACACCUACACCAGACUGCAGCAUUACCUUGCCAGCUUGGAGCGCAGAAACCUCCCCUACCUGCAGAGGGAGCAGCUUGGACUCAGCGUGCAACAAAGACGUCUGGACCUGCUAACCAUCACCAAUUCUGAAAAUGUGAGGUCAGAGAAGGAGAAGAAGCUGGUUUUUCUCACUGCUCGUGUUCACCCCGGAGAGUCUCCGGCCUCUUUUGUCUGUCAAGGUGUCAUUGACUUCCUGGUGAGCCAUCAUCCAGUUGCCCAAAUCCUUCGUGAUCAUGUGAUCUUCAAGAUAGUACCCAUGCUGAAUCCUGAUGGAGUCUAUCUGGGAAACUACAGGUGUUCUCUGAUGGGCUUCGACCUGAAUCGCCACUGGCAGGAUCCCUCUCCGUGGGCGCACCCCACGCUGCACGCGGUUAAACAGCUCAUAGUGCAGAUGAACCAAGAUCCGAGUGUUAGCUUGGAGUUCUACAUCGACAUCCAUUCCCACUCCACCAUGCUAAAUGGCUUCAUGUAUGGAAAUGUGUUUGAGGACGAGGAACGUGUUCAGAGACAGGCCGUCUUCCCCCGACUGCUGUGCCAAAAUGCGCCGGACUUCUCCUAUUCAAACACUUCAUUUAACCGGGACAAGGUGAAGGCCGGUACUGGCAGGCGCUUCCUCGGUGGUCUUCUUGAUGAUACUUCCUACUGCUACACUCUGGAGGUGUCCUUCUACGGCUACAUGACGUCUGCCGGCACCGCCGCUGUUCCAUACUCUGAGGAGAAUUACAUGAAGCUAGGUAGGAAUGUGGCUCGAACCUUCCUGGAUUAUUACAAGCUUGCCAACCUCACCAAGGACAACAGACCUAGCAAUAUACACAGCGCUGAUGGGAUUUCCCAGGUUACCAAGAACAAGAUUUUGAGCAGCGCUGGUGAUAUCUGCGAGUCGGGUGACAGCAAAAAGGAGGAGAACCAAAUUUUCGGACACUAGUAGAGCAUAUAGGAGGAGCAUAUAUUAAGUAUAAAGCAUUGCGACAGCAGGAUCAGACUCCAUCCUACCAAUCUAAAUAUGUAUCUUUUAGGGUCUCCAGAAUACUGGGACCAGUUACCAAUCUAACACAAAAUAUUUUCCGCAUAUGAAUCUCAAGUUAGCCUAGCGCAUGUUUUUGUUUUUGGACUGUUGGAAAAAGCCAAAUCUACACACAGACUAAAAGACAACAAGUAAACUUCAUGCACAAAAGCUUUUGUUUCCCUGAUCACAAAGACUUAUAUAAAAAGAUAUAUUACAGUGACAUGCAUGACAUUCAAACCACCUUUUCAUAUAUGUGUGCCUCUUAUAAAACACAUAGAUAUGAAAGCUGUGUGUAGGUGUUUGGGGGCGGGGGGUUAUUAAUUUAAAUUAAUUUGAAGGCCUUCAUCUGGCAGCUUUAUGUUGUACAAUAAAUAUGUGUUCAUGUUA